GCCGUCGGGCCGAGAUGCUGGAACCGACAAGUCAUGGUGAUGGGACUAGCGGCGCCGGAUGUUGCGACCAACGACAUUUGGGCACUGCCAAAAUUCCUAGAGCCGAUAUCGAUGUGUGCUACAACCGUGGUCGGCGGUUGUUGCGACCGGCCACGGCACCAUCCCGGUGGCAAAACAGAUGACACCCUCAUCGUAUCGGCGAUCAUCUAGGGGUGCCGAUGAUGUUGGGCCCAGCCACAUCGGAUGCUAUGACUACCAGGGCGGAGAUGCUGUGGUGGGUUGCAAUGGUGACGACCUCUCGCUUGAUCGCUGGAAGCGGCGAUGGCGGAGGUACGAGCGGGGCCUGAACAGCAUCUCCGCCAUGACCUCCUCCCCGUCGCUCCAUCCCCCGCGCGUCCCCUACCGCCUUGGCCGCAGCCCAGGCCUGCCGCUGCCGGCUCGCCGGGUGGCCGUCGCCGCCGCGGCGGCUAUCGCCCUCGACCCGGAUGCCUGUUUCAAAACCGAGCUGAAUGACGCUUCGAAAACCGAGGUGUUCGCGUGCCCUGUUUGCUAUGAGCCGCUGAUAAGGAAAGGGCCGCCAGGCAUGAACCUGCCAGCGAUUUAUAGGUCCGGAUUCAAGUGUUCGAAGUGCAACAAGUCAUUCACCAGCAAAGAUGUCUUCUUGGAUCUCACUGUCACCUCAGGAAUGAAAGAAUACAGUGAACUCAAGCCCGCUAGAACCGAACUGUUCAGGAGCCCGCUCGUCUCCUUUCUUUACGAGAGGGGGUGGCGUCAGAACUUCAAUCGGAGUGGCUUCCCUGGCCGCGACGAAGAGUUCCAAAUGGCUCAAGACUAUUUCCAAUCAGUCGCUGGUGGUAUACUCAUUGAUGUCAGCUGCGGCAGUGGCUUGUUUUCAAGGAAGUUUGCAAGCUCUGGGGCAUACUCAUCUGUGAUUGCUUUGGACUUUUCUGAGAAUAUGCUCCGCCAAUGCUAUGACUACAUCAAACAAGAAGAAACCCCUAUGAACACGAACCUUGCACUUGUAAGGGCUGAUAUUUCGAGGCUGCCUUUUCCUUCAAGUUCAAUUGAUGCCAUUCAUGCUGGAGCCGCUAUCCACUGUUGGCCAUCCCCUUCAAAUGCGAUAGCUGAAAUCAGCCGUGUGCUGAAGCCCGGUGGUGUAUUUGUAGCGACAACUUUCUUAUCCACCCCCACGAACAGCGGCCUGUUCUCUAUCGAUGCACUAAAGCCACUGAGACAGAUUGUUGGGCCAGUGAACAGCAGCUACAACUUCUUCACCGAAGGAGAGCUGGAAGACCUGUGCAGAUCCUGUGGCCUGGUCAACUACAGCAGCAAGGUGCAGAGGUCAUUCAUCAUGUUCUCCGGGCAAAAGCCAUAGCUGAGUACCAUAUCCAGACUUUCUCUGUAUAGCCAGCCACAGUGUAUAUAUAGCUGUGCUUUUCUUUUUACGGGUAUAUGUAUAGCUGUUAUGGUUAAAUCAGGUGGUGAGAAUGUAACUUAAACCACAUUAGGCAAUUGAACCAAAAUGCAUGGUCUCUGACUCUGAUGAACAAUAGUAGCAUUUCUUCAGGUUCA